AUGAGAAUACUCGACUAUCAAUAUGGCGCUCCCGACAUGCACGAGUCAAAACCUCAACCUGUCACACCCGACGAAACGAGCAGCUCAUCAUCAAGCGCUAGAGUAGAAGACCGAGGCGAAACCACGCUUCCACUGCAUCAUCAGGUGCAAGCAACGCAAAGAAUGGGUACAGAAACCUGUGUUCCUUACAUCUUGGUCACGCCCACCAAGAGCGCUUCUUCGAGAGUGGAAGCGUCUCAAAAUACACCGAUCACAACAGCGUCACUCGACGAUGAAUCGUUGGAAUCUUCUGUGUUGCCAUCUCCUUCUCCACGGCACACGGACCAACUGAAUGCCGACCAUGUUCGUUUCUCCGUCAAUUAUCUGAAUCUGCAACACUUGUCGCCUACGAAUAUACAACUGGAAAAGCAUAAAAUCGAAGUCGUCCUGGAAACCUUUAUUCCGAAAUUGGUAUUGGAAGUCAUGGGAGGAGCAGGUGCGGUAUGGGGAUUCUCGGAGGCUAUUGGAUUGCGAACUUCCAUGAAUGCAUGGUUUUGGAGACCUGUCACCUUGUUUGCAGGUUCUCUCUUUUUCAUCCGUUGGUAUCGACAAGUGAAAGAGUUUAGUAGGCUGUAUGAUCUUCGACACAAACGAAGAUCCACUGUGGAAGGUGAAACAGCACACCUCCUGUGGCAAGAAAAUGUUUGA